GUCUCUACCGCUAAAAAAGUAAUAACAAAUUUUCCAUAAAAUAAGAAAGCACAACACGGUAUCAUGAAUGCAUUAGAUCUUAAACAGCACUACCAAAUUUACUUUGUCUUCUCCAGAGACAAUAGGUUCAUGGAGUUUCAUCCUUACAUUUACAUUCUCUGCAUAAUUCUGUUCUUACAGAUGUUUCCUGAAUCUGCUAACUCUCAGCAAGCAUACCUCAACAGCACUGUCUAUGACUGCUCUGAGAACCCUUCUGCACCAAAAGGAUACCUCUGCAAUGGCCUUCAAAAGUCAUGCACUUCCUUCUUAGUUUUCAGGUCCAAAUCUCCCUAUGACAACCCUGUAAGCAUUGCCUACCUUUUUGGCUCUGAAGCAUCUACCAUAGCCUCAAUAAACAACAUCUCAAAAGAUGAUAAGAUUCCUUCCAAUAAGUCAAUCAUUGUUCCUGUAUUCUGUUCAUGUUCUGGAAAUAUCUACCAGCAUAUCACACCUUACACUGCCACCAAGAAUGACACCUACUUCAAGUUGGUUACAGAAAUUUACCAAGGCCUCACCACCUGCCAGGCCCUGAUGGGUCAGAAUUACUAUGCCUCUGAUGGCAUUACAGUUGGUGCUGAGCUCACAGUUCCAGUAGUAUGUGCUUGUCCCACUGAAAAUCAGACAGCAAGAGGGGUCACUUCCUUGCUGGUUUACUCAGUGAAAAAUGGUGAUACUGUUAAGUCCAUUGGAGAGGCUUAUGGUGUUGACGAACAAAGUAUGCUAGAGGCCAACGGGUUGUCAGUGCCGUCAACUGCAGACAACAUCAUAAUCAUCUAUGCCACAACUCCUAUCUUGGUUCCUCUCAGAGGGAAGAGUUGCAAAGAGGACCCUGACAGUUUCUAUUGUACUUGCUCCCAGGGAACGGUUGCGAAUGGAACCUUCAUGGGGUUCCAAUGUAAUGAAUCUGAUGCUGAAAGUUUUCCUACCAAAUUGGUUGCUUCCUUAGGUGUUGGACUUGGUGUAGGCUUUCUGUGUUUGUUUCUUCUGGGAUACAAAUCAUAUCAGUAUAUACAGAAGAAGAGAGAAAGUAUCCGAAAGGAAAACCUUUUCAGGAAAAAUGGUGGCUACUUGUUACAAGAGAAGCUCUCUUAUUAUGGGAAAGGAGAAAUGGCAAAGCUGUUUAGAGCCGAGGAGCUACAGAAAGCAACAGAUAACUAUAACAGAAGUAGAUUUCUUGGUCAGGGUGGCUUUGGCACUGUGUAUAAAGGAAUGCUACCAGAUGGAACCAUUGUUGCUGUUAAAAAGUCAAAAGAGAUUGAAAGGAACCAGAUAGAGACUUUUGUGAAUGAAGUGGUGAUUCUAUCACAGAUCAACCACAGGAACAUUGUCAAACUCUUUGGCUGUUGUCUUGAGACAGAAACUCCUUUACUAGUCUAUGAAUUCAUUCCCAAUAGAACACUCUCUCACCAUAUCCACAGGAGAGACAAUGAGCCCUCCCUUUCAUGGGAGAGUCGCCUUAGAAUUGCAUGUGAGGUUGCUGGAGCAGUGGCAUAUAUGCAUUUUGCAGCUUCUGUUCCCAUUUUCCAUAGAGACAUCAAACCUACCAACAUACUUUUAGACAGCAACUUCAGUGCCAAAGUGUCUGAUUUUGGAACAUCAAGAUCAGUGCCACAAGAUAAGACUCACUUGACCACAGCUGUAGGAGGAACUUUUGGGUACAUAGACCCUGAAUAUUUUCAGUCUAGUCAGUUUUCAGAUAAAAGUGAUGUGUACAGUUUUGGGGUAGUGCUGGUAGAACUUAUAAGUGGGAGAAAGCCAAUUUCCUUCUUAGAGGAAGAUGAGGGUCAGAAUCUGAUUGCAGAGUUUCUUUCUGUGAUGAAGGAGAACAAAGUUUAUGAGAUUUUAGAUGGCAGGGUUGUUAAGGAAGCAAGGAAAGAUGAGAUUCUUGCAAUUGCAAACCUUGCAAUGAGAUGCUUGAGACUUAAUGGGAAGAAAAGACCAACAAUGAAAGAGGUUUCAUUGGAAUUAGAAGCAUUGAGAAAGCUGCAAAGUUCCUUAGAGAUCAACCAUGAUCAGGAGUAUACAACUAGCGAGACAGUUCAAGAAAUCACAGAUGAAAGCAUGCCACUGUUCUCAGAACUGGACUCCACAUCCUUUUAGAAGUCAGAAAUUUUGUUUUGUAUUCUUUGUUAACUAUGCUUCAGUAUUUCAUUUUCACCUUUCAGUA